UCUCAACCUCCCCAAUAUUAUCGACUUACUCUCACCAUAGCUCCUCAUAUCCCCCAACUUUCAUUAUCUCUAAUCUCUCUGGUUUUAUUAGUUGUUUGCGAGCUACUUGAUCGGUAUAAAUACCGGCGUUAAACAUUACUGCUUCCUAUUCGGCAACCCCUCGAUGGAUCAGCACGAUGACUUUGACAGCGUCUCUUGGAGACACGAACCAGAGAGCGAUAUCUCUCGUCCUACCACAUCGGGGACCGAUGCUGAAGAGUCGCUUGCAGUUAGUCACGAUACCAAUGGCAAGCGAAGAAUGAGCUCAGCUCACGAAGAACCGCAAGCCGGGGCACUAGCGGAUGCGGUCGAUCUAGCAGGUAUUGGGGAUGGGGUGUUAGAAUGCCAUGUGGAUUCGCCACUGAAGGAAAACGACGGCACUAAAGACGCAUAUAUCUCUUACUUAGUUACAACGCAAACCGAUUUCAAAUCAUUUCAGAGGUCAGAAUUUACCGUACGCCGACGAUUUACGGAUUUCUUCUUUCUAUACAAGACGCUUUACCGGGAGUACCCCGCCUGCGCAGUCCCGCCACUACCAGACAAGCAUAAAAUGGAGUACGUACGGGGGGAUCGGUUUGGACCCGAAUUCACUACUCGACGUGCCUGGUCUCUAGAUCGAUUUUUGAAGCGCUUGACGUUACACCCGGUGCUCCGCCGGGCUCCUUUGCUUGCCAUCUUCCUAGAAUCCCCCGACUGGAAUGCGCACAUGCGGCUUCACGCCUCCCGCACAUCAACCAGCUCGUCGGACGCUAGCGGCGUCCCAGGCAUCUUCGAUAACUUCACCGAUACCUUUGUCAAUGCAUUCACGAAAGUACAUAAGCCAGAUCGUCGGUUCAUUGAGGUUCGGGAGAAAGCGGAUAAGUUGGACGAGGAUCUCAACCAUGUAGAGAAGAUUGUCGCCCGGGUUGCUCGGCGCGAGACUGACUUGGAGACCGACUACAAUGAGCUCGCGACACAGUUCCGUAAACUGGUGCCUCUGGAGCCAAACGUCGAGGUUCCUUUACAGGUAUUCGCGGCGUCGGUGGAAGAGACAGGGCGGGGGCUCAAAGUCCUUAAAGAUCACACGGACCAGAACUACCUGGGCUCGCUCCGAGAUAUGGAAGCUUACAUUGUGUCCCUCAAAGCGCUUCUCAAAACCCGCGAGCAGAAGCAACUUGACUUUGAAGCCUUGGUGGACUACCGCAACAAAGCCGUGAGCGAGCGCGACUCGCUCGCCACUAACCCUUCGUCCUAUUACGCCUCCAACCCCUUGACCUCAUCGCCUGCCUCAUUCAUCCGCUCCAAGAUGGAAGACAUGCGCGGAGUGGACCAUGAGCAGUCACGGCGAGAGCGGGUCCGGAAAUUGGAACUUCGCAUCGACGAACUGACCCGCGAAGUGGAAUCUGCUAAGACCACGUCCGAGAUGUUCGACGAGGAGGUCGUCCGCGAAGUUGCCGAUUUCGAACGAAUCAAGGCGGUUGAGUUCCGAGACACUCUCGGUGCGCUGGCGGAGAAGCACAUUGAAUUCUACCAAGGGGUGCUGAAUACAUGGGAGAGGUUUGUCGCGGAGAUGGAAGGUGAUUUAGAUGAGAAUCACGAAGGGAUCCUGCAGGAAAGUGUUGCAGCACGAUAAGCAUGUGUGUGUUAUGUGUGUGUUAUGUGUGUGUUAUGU